AGCAGACGAAGAGGAGAAACUGAGAUGAAGAUGAUGAAGAUGAAGAAAAUGAGGACUCGUCCAUGACAGGAAAACACGUCCACAUGAUCUGAACGAGCUGAGGAAAAGUCUCUGCAUCACCAGAACAGAUGGGUGGGAGCUGAGACGGCAGAAGGACGAGGCAACAGGAAGAGCACAUCCAUGGACGACAUCUCGCUUCCCAGGCUGGAGAUGACGGGUGAGGUGUGGGAGAAUGACAGCUUCACCAGCCCGUCGCCCGGGCUCCCGCUGUUUCUGCUCAUGUUCAACGGCAGCGACCCGAACGAGACACUGUGCGGCUACAACUGCUCCAACUCCACCAACUCCACCGAGCCGGACGUCCCCUCUGGUCCCAGCGUGGCCGGAGUCCUCGUCCCACUCGUUUAUAUCGUCGUGUGCAUUGUCGGACUGGGCGGGAACACUUUAGUGAUCUACAUCGUGCUGUACUACUCCAAGAUAGAGUCGGUCACCAACAUCUACAUCCUCAACUUAGCCAUCGCGGACGAGCUCUUCAUGCUCGGCCUGCCGUUCCUGGCCGUGCAGAACACGCUGCAGUCGUGGCCCUUCGGCUCCUUCAUGUGCCGCCUGGUCAUGACCGUCGACUCCAUCAACCAGUUCACCAGCAUCUUCUGCCUGACCGUGAUGAGCAUUGACCGCUACCUCGCCGUCGUUCACCCCAUCCUGUCCUCAAAGUGGCGGCGACCUCAGGUGGCCAAAAUGGUGAAUGGCACCGUGUGGGCGCUGUCGUUUCUGGUUGUCCUGCCCGUGGUCGUCUUUGCCAACGUCCAGAAGACAGGAGGCACCUGUAACAUCGCCUGGCCUCAGCCGGCGAACAUCUGGAGCGCGGCCUUCAUCAUCUACACCUCCACAGUUGGAUUCUUCUGCCCCCUCCUCAUCAUCUGCCUCUGUUACCUGCUCAUCAUUUUCAAGAUCCGCAGCUCGGGUAAAAAAGUCCACGCCACUUCUAUCAAGCGCAGGAAGUCCGAGCGCAAAGUGACACGCAUGGUUGUGAUUGUCGUCGCCAUGUUUGUCGUGUGCUGGUUACCUUUCUACGCCGUCAACAUCAUCAACCUGCUGGUGUCCCUGCCCGCCGAGUACCACGGCCUUUACUAUUUUGUCGUGGUGCUCGGUUACGCCAACAGCUGCGCCAACCCCAUCAUCUACGGAUUCUUGUCAGACAACUUCAAGAGGGGUUUCCGGAAAGCUCUGUGCCGCUCCACGAGGAAGGUGGAGAACCACGAGCCCAUGGAGAGCCGGCAGCCGCAGGACGAAGGCAGGCGUGCGCUCAUGCCCCGAGAGAGCCUGAGACGGGCAAUCAGGGACGAAGAGGACGAGGAGGAGGAAGACGUGUCGGAAAUGACUGAGAUCUACCGAAUCGCAGAGAACGGAAACAACAACUUCCAGCCACAGAGCUCACGGCCGAUGUUCCUGGAGAGAGAAUCGACCCCAGGAGCGACAGAGCUGCGGUCCCCAGACAAGAAGGACAAAUACGGGGACGCAAAAGCAAAGGACCCGGUCAACGGCUCCUCUCUGACUGUCCCGUUGCUUCUGAAUGGAGCCAAAAAUGGAAACAUCAAAACUCUGCCAGAGGAAAAUGUGGAGCAGAGCACUUCACUGGAGAUUAGUUAUUUAUAGCGUGAAAUACGGACUCAACGUCUUACAACGCAGGCUGGACUGACUCCAACUCACCACACAGCUGUUUGCAUUGGAGCAGAAAAUAAACAAGUAUAUCAAUAAUUUAAAAGGACAGUUUGUGUGGUUGACUGACGAAGACACCGAGAAUCCACAGGGAAACAAGGAAUUGAUUUUAGAUGAUAAAAUCUACACCUGACUAAGUCUGCAAUAUCAUGAGAGCACGUGUGACUCUUUAUCCCACUGUUAGGUAACUGAAGUCUGCUUUGCUUUGUGAAACCACUCACUCUCACACACCAAAGUCCAUAGAGAAAAUCAGUCAUU